AUGACCGGAAAGUAUAUCAUCAAGAAUGCAAGCCAUGUCGUCUCCAUGGACAACACUAUCGGCAACCCAACGAACUGUGACGUCCUAAUCGAAGAUGAAUACAUCCGAGCUGUCGGCCCCAAUUUAAAGUCUUCUUCUGACCAUACAAUCAUUGACGGCACCGAUGUAAUUGUAUGUCCUGGUUUUAUUGACACCCACCGACAUACCUGGCAGACCCAGCUGCGGACGGUCGCAACAGACCACGUCCUACCAGAUUACAUCCUGUACCUGAGACAAAUAUACGGGUCUUCAUAUACACCUCAUGACGCCUACAUUGGAAAUUAUUGUGGAGCUCUGGAAUCGAUUGAUAAUGGCAUCACGUACCUAGUUGACCAUUCUCAUAUUAUGAACUCUCCUGAACACGCAGACGCCGCCGUGCAAGGUCUCAUCGAUGCAAAGAUUCGCGCCGUUUUCUGUUACGCCACUUAUAUGAAUCCGACGUGGGAGGGUUCUUGCAUGGACAAAGAACGAGAAGAAACGACGCCAGAUUGGCGACUAAAGGACGCCGAAAGAAUUAAGGAGAAGUAUUUUCAGUCGAACGAGCCUGGAGAUCUUUUACGGAUGGGUUUUACGCUCUCUGAGCCGGACUUAACUCCAAUAGAUCAGCUGGUCCGCGAGAUCCAGCAUGCAAGGUCUAUUGGUGCUAAAGUCAUUACAGCACACAGCAGCCACGGUAAAUGGGAUCCUGGCAAUUUUAUUGUACGACGGCUCGGGCAGAAAAAAAUGGUAGGCCCAGAUCUACUGUUCAGCCAUGGAACAUCCUUCAGCGAGGACGAGCUACUUCUAAUUCAGGAAUACGGAGUCGGUAUAUGUUCUACGCCAGACACCGAGCUUCAAAUGGGCAUGAGCCAUCCCAUUGCAUUUAAAGCUAAAGAUCUCGGCUGCAAGGCAUCUCUAGGCGUCGAUGUAUGUUGCAGUACGCCAGCCGAUAUGUUUCGACAGAUGCGGCUAUUACUUCAAGCGCAAAGACAUCUUGAGCACGAAGCUCUAACCGGAGGUGCAUUAAAUAUGGCACGGAAAUGUGAGGAAGUUCUUGAGAUGGCUACUAUGGGUGGUGCGAAGGCGGUCGGCCUAGACAAAGUUAUUGGAAGCAUCACACCAGGCAAAAGGGCAGAUUUAAUCCUUGUUAAAUGCGACAACCUCAGAAUGUUCCCGAUCCACGAUCCGAUCGGAGCACUCGUACUUUAUGCCAACGGCUCCGACAUCGAAACCGUCUUUAUCAACGGCGAAAUUGUGAAAUCUGGAGGGAAACUUCAGGUGGAAUGGCCAAAACUUCGCGAAGAAUUGCGUGCAUCAGUCAAAUCAAUAAUGGCAAGGUCCAAAAAGGCUCCCCUGGAGGACUUGAAGGCCGCGCGGGAUGAAUUCAUCAAGGCUCUUGUUAGCAGAGAGUAG